AUGUCUCGACCUCCGAUCACGACCAUUUUCCUUGGCAUCACCAUCAUCGUGCUGGCUGCCCUUGCUCUCACAUCCGAGGGCCGCAUUUCUCGAAUGGACCUGAGCAUCGACCUCGGUGGUGGCGGCGGCGCAGGCAUUGGGAUCGGUACUGGGAUUAGCAUCGGCAUAGGUGGUGGUGGUGCCGCUGGCUCUGGCUCUGGCUCAGCGUCCGGGUCGGGAUCAGGCUCUGGCUCGGCCUCAGGUUCCGGGUCCGGUGCCGGUUCAUCGGCGGGAUCCCGUGCGGGCUCUGGCGCCGGCUCUGGUGCGGGGUCAGGAGCUGGUUCCGGCACGGGUUCAGGUUCAGGUUCAGGUUAUGGUUAUGGUCAAGGGCAAGGUGCAGGUGAAGGUGAAGGUGAAGGUCACGGCCAAGGAUCUGGGUAUGGCGAAGGGCAUGGGUCGGGCCAGGGCCAGGGUUCCGGGUCUGGCUCGGGAUACGGUGAAGGAUAUGGCGAAGGGCAUGGUCAUGGAAGUGGCUCCGGUCGAGGAUCUGGCUAUGGCGAAGGUUCCGGCUCUGGCUCCGGCCAAGGAUCAGGAUCCGGCUAG